CAACGGCGCCGAGGACAACAGUGCUGCCUAGCACGGCGCCGCCGACAACGGCGCUGCCGACAACGGCGCCGCCCACCACGGCAUUGCCCACCACCACAGCGCCGCCAACCACAGCGCCCCCCACCACGGCACCGCCUACAACGGCGCCAACCACUGCGGCCACUACAGCCCCCACGACAGCAACCACGAGCGUGAUUACUACCACGCCCGGGCCGAGUGUGCUACCCACCUUGGAAAUCCAGAACUUCAUUGUCCGUACCGCCAGGUGGAUCAGGGUGGCUUUCACACAACCCUUCAGCCGAGUCCCUGUGGUGGUGGUUGCCCCGACCAAGGGCCAAGGCCCGGCCGCGAUCCGCGUGAAGGACAUCACCGCCACCGGUUUCUCUGCCAUCAUCGCCAAGCCACCUAAGAGCGGCAAGGUGGAACCAGGCGGAGGGGAAGAUCGGGUAAAUACACCGUUGAAAAUAACAUCAACGGAUUCAACGACAUUCGACUUGGUUUUCGAUUGAAAAACAUGGAAAGGCUCAUCACGAUUGCUUGUUCUCACGAUUGUUUGUUCUAGCCGGCAUCGAUCUCGCAAUCUAACAAUUCUUUGCCUCUUGCUUGGCACCAAAAAAUUUGUAGGUUCCUUAGGCCACGGUUCUAUUGACAUCGCCACUUGACCCAUCUUGAGGUCAAUCAGAUGAGAGCAUGACUGUGAGUUUCCUGGCCGUUUUGCCGGGUGUUCAUGAACUCAACGGUGUUUGGAUGGAGGCCGGUCGUACCAACACGCAACGCUUGAAGUUUGGCAAAAAUUGCAAACCUCCGGGGCUCAGAGAAGAUUCCUGGAAUGCCAUUCGAGAAACUCGCUUCGAGCACACCUUCAUGCGGCCACCGGCCCUCUUGACCACCAUUCAGACGGUGAACAAUGAGAAAGGCUUGCCAUCCAAUUCACGGCCUUGGUUGACAGUUGCUGUGCAACGGGUGAAUGUGGAUAGUACUCGGGUCGCCUUGAAGAUGUCUGAGACGACCCCCUACGGUAAGGUUGAUCAGCCCGAGAGAGUGGGCUGGAUCGCCAUCGAGCAAGGCAUUCACACUCUCUUAGGUUCCACAGG